AUGGCUCCAUCUACCACCGCGUCUAACGGAGCCGUGCAGGAGAAGGGGAAUUAUGCGGCUCACGAGAGAGCGAACUCCGUGUCGAGUCCUGAUGGAUCUGGAUUUGACGGCAGCCCUAAUUCCACCAAGGAGCCAGACAAGGCCUCAGCACCUGCGAGCGGUCUUACCGACGUAGCCUCUGCAUCGGGUUACCACGCUAGGCGAGCAGCUGCGAGGUCGGUGGCGACUCCCCAUCCUCACCCGCACCCGACAGAAGACAUCAAACCAAUUCAGCCGCGCGGUCCCGACGGUACUCGCGGCUUCAAGUACGGCCGCGGAAAACCGUUACCUGGGCCUAACGGGGUGCUGGUAACUGGUAACACCAGUGCUCCCCCUUCCACCAUCGGCUCUCCUCCGCAGUAUGUUUCCGGGGCUGGCGGCGGAGCAGGCGCGUACGUUGGCGCGGGGAGCGCGCUCAGGCGCGGGGGAGCCCGCGGGAUGGGCGCGGGGGGAGAGGCGGAGAAGCUAGCGGGAGAGGUGGAGCGGUUGGCGGGCGAGAAAGACAAGGUGGAGAGUGAGUUAGCGGAAGCGAAGCUUGAGGUGCAACGCCUGCAACACGACCUUUUCGUCUCUCGAUUCGAAGCCGAAGGGCUGCGGCGUCGCCAGCAGACCGCGACCGGCGGCGACGACGGCGGUGACGGUGCGGAUGGUGAGCGGAAGGGUGGCAAGGAAAGCAAGGAUGCGGGCGAGGGGGAAGGGAAGGGUGAGGAUGGGGGAGGUACGGAGGGAAGUAAGGAAUUAAAACACUCCUUGUCCGAGGCUAGGAUGGAGAUAGUGCGGCUCGAGCACGAGUUAUUCACUCUUAGGUUCGAUGCGGAGAAGCAGCGCGUUCUUGCGGAGGAAGCGGCGGCUGGAACUGGCGGAACGGAAGGGGGAGCAGUAGGCGGAGCAGGAGGCGGAGCCAAGAAGGUGAGUUCGACGAGGGACUUGGGCGCGGGGGGCGCGGAUGCAUCCGCGGAAGGACUGGCGCAGAAGCUUGCGCGCGCGGAAGAGGCGCUCGAGGAGUCUCGGUGCGAAGCUUCGCGGCUGCAGCACGAGCUGUUCGAGGCAAAGUUCCAAGUGGAAAAGCUCCGGAGCGCGCAGGCGGACGCGCGUGCCGCUGUCGAUCAGGCGUUGAAGGAACGCGCGGGAGAGAAGGGCGGCACGGGAGCGGGCGGAGGGGAAGGAGGGAAAGAAGGCGAGAAGGAGAAUGAGGAGGGGGGGGUUGAGGAGAGUUUUGCGGAGUUGGAAGCGGUUGUAGCACGCGAGGGGUGUCGGCUCUGUGUGCGUCUGCUGGCCGCGUUUUCCGGCGCGAAAAGGCGCGCGGAUGCGGCGGAGAAGGUGAUUGGGCAGGACCGCGCGGAGCUCGAGGGGCUGCGGAACGGGCGGGAGGAGGUUCGCGCCGCCGCCGCCUCUGCUGCCGCCGCCUUCGCCGCCGCGUCCGCCGCAGGGCAGGAGGCGGCGCAGAGGGAGCGGCAGAACUGGGAGCGAGCGGAGGAGGCGGAGAGAAUGCAUGCCGCGAGUAACUCCUCCGCCGCAGCCGCGAUUGCGGCAGCGGUGGCGGAAGCGGUGGCGCUGCGCGCGCGCUGCGCGGAGCUAGAAGGGCAAGCGUCCGCUGCAUCGUCGGAAGCGGCCGCCGCGAAGGAGCAUUUGAAGCAGGUGGCCAUGGCUAUCAGCGAGCGGAGCCUGCACAGGGCUGUAGCAGGGCAGGACGAGCACCCCGCGCUACAGCCGUUUGGCGCAGCGCAGGGCGCGCCGGGCAGCGGAUUGUGGGGCGCAGGGGACAUGGAACACACCACGGAUCGCAGCACUGGGCGCGACGGUAGGUGGGACUUCGGGCAAGAGAUGGGGGUGGGAGGCGGAGCAGGGGCGCAAGGCGCGCAAGGGGCGCAGGGGGGGCAGGGGGCGCAGGGACAUCAGCUGUGGGACCCGUCGACCCUUGACCCUGCUAUCUCUGCCUUCUCCUCCGGCUCUCGUCCGCCCCCCUUCGCUGCCGCUCAACCUCCCCCGCUCCCGGGACAGUCUCUUGACCUCCACUUGCAGCAGCAGCAGCAGCAACAGCAGCAGCAACAGCAGCAACACCAGCAGUUUUCCGGCGGGUUAGGGUUUGGCGGCCUGCCUCCGCACAUGUCCCCUCCUCCCCACAGGCAGCACCCAGGCGCGCUCCCCCCUGCGGACGCCGCCAUGCAUGCGUUUCUAAGCGAUAGCCAGGGCCCUCCAGGGCAAUCCGCGCCCUUAGGCGCGCAGUUUCCCCCACCCUCAGGGUUUGCGCUUGGGGGAAGAAUACCCUCCCCCGCUCCCCCUGGCGCCAUGGGCUGA